AGCUGAGGGACAGGUGCGAGAGCCCCACUAGACUCUAAGCAGGAGAAAAUGGAGUUACAUACGCGAUCUCUGCCUGUGCCGCUGCUGCUGCUGAUCAGCUUGAGUCUAUGCAGCUGCCAGCUGAAUGUGAGCAACAAUUUUCGCAAUAUGAAGGUACGCCUGGCCAGUACAAAUGCAACUGCUACUGCGAACCAGCCGCUGCGUGAGGGCCGUGUGGAGGUGAGCUUUGACAAUGGCGUUAAGUGGGGUACCAUUUGCAGCACAAAAUGGACAAAGCGUGAGGGUAAUGUUGUGUGUCGGCAGUUGGGUCUGGGCUAUGCCUCCAUGGCCAUGCCCAGCACUAAGCACGGUAACAGCAGAACACAUCCCUGGGGCAUGGUGGGCACUCUUUGUCGCGGCACCGAGCUUAAACUAUCGGAAUGCCACCGGGAGUCGACAUAUCCCACUGUAUGCGAUGCCACCAAUCGUAAUGUGAGUACAGUGGCCUGUGUGAGUAAAUCACCGGAUCUGGAGCUUGGUCUGGUGGACAUUGAAGUAAGCGCGUACUUGGCAAAUGUGCCCAUGACAGAGCUGACCUGCGCCAUGGAGGAAAACUGUGUGUCGAAGGAUGCGUAUGUUGUACGCAGAACAAAUCCCAGGGGUAUCCGCAAGUUGCUGCGCUUCUCGGUCAAGGCCUCCAAUGUGGGCAAUGCCGACGUUAGUCCCUAUGCCAACUACAAGGACUGGGAAUGGCAUCAGUGUCAUAUGCACUACCACAGCAUGAAUGUCUUCGCCACAUUCGACGUCUACAAUCAGCGCUACCAGAAGGUGGCCCAGGGUCACAAGGCCUCCUUCUGCCUGAUGGACUCCCAGUGCAAUUUGGGCGUACGCAGGAAAUACACCUGUGGCAAUACCACCCAAGGUAUCAGCGCUGGCUGCGCGGAUGUGUAUAGCCAUGUGCUAGAUUGCCAGUGGGUAGAUGUUACCACUGUGCCCGUUAACAAUAGAUAUAUACUACGUGUAGCCCUAAAUCCCGAGUAUAUGCUGGGUGAGAGGUCUUUCGAGAACAAUGGUGCCGAGUGCGACCUUUAUUAUACGGGCGAAGUAAUAAGCACAAGGGUCACCAAUUGUAAACGAAAGCCUUUAUUGAUUUAAUUACAAUUUUAUAAAAUACAUU